AGUCGCAGUCUUCGCUCGGAUCUCGAUCGGGUUGGGUGUCUAUUUCGUUUGUAGGUAAAUUCGCGAACAGCGGCCGGCCGUCUUUCAGUCCAUUCCGAACCGUACGCCGGCAGGGUGGCUUUUUUUCCGAAUUCCAUUCGCUCGCCAACGACUGAGGAUCCUCUGUGCGCGCUCUCCCUAUCUUAAAAUCCUAAACAGUGUCGUUUGUGACUCCUUCCGUAAGAAACCUACGGACUCGUUCCUCAUCGAAAUCGUCAUGGAUCAAUCGUCGAAGGCGAUGCUACGAAAAAUCAUCAUAGACUUCUUGUGCCUGUUCGUGGUCGGCAUGGGGGUGUUGAUGUUUUUCCUCUACGGCAAACCGUACAAACGUGGAUUCUUCUGCAAUGACGAGUCAUUGUAUCACCCGUUCCACGAGUCGACGGUCACCAACACGAUCCUCUACAUCGUCGGUUUUUUCCUGCCCAUAAGCGGGAUGUUAAUAGGCGAAUAUAUCCAUGCAAGUUUCAGCAAUGAAGUUCCAAAGUUACUGUGUGGUUACAAUAUACCUGUUUGGUUCUCGAAUUCAUUUCAUAAGAUUGGAAUAUUCGGUUUUGGAGCGGUUAUGACUGUUUUCCUCACGGAUACAGCAAAGUAUACGAUUGGCCGUCUGAGACCCCAUUUUAUGACGCUCUGUGUGCCUAAUGUCAAUUGUAGCCUAAUCGAAAAUCGGCAUAGAUACAUAGAGGACUUCACUUGCACCGCGACUACAUCGCCUAAACUCCUGAAGGAUGUGAGAUUAUCCUUUCCGUCGGGACACUCGUCUUUCGCUUUCUACACGAUGAUCUAUCUUGCGUUAUACUUUCAGUUAAGGAUAACGUGGAAGGGUAGCAAGUUAUUGAAACAUUUCCUACAAUUUAUAUGCCUGCUUUUGGCCUGGUUCACGGCAUUGUCACGAGUUUCUGAUUACAAACAUCAUUGGAGCGACGUUCUGGCCGGAGGGACCCUUGGUGCCAUCGUUGCACUAGUCGUGGCGAACUUCAUCGCAAAUAUGUUCAAGGACCAAAGAGUUUCCUUGACAGAGGAGAAGCACCGGGCUGUCGAUUACGAAACAGGAGGCAGUACACAGUUGUCUCUGGGAAGUUAUUCUGAUCUCAGGGACGAAAACACUGGCCGCCUGGAACCGAGCGCACAAUGGCUCGGUUGAGUUUUUCAAUCCGACAAGAAAACUGCCUUACCCUGGAACCGGCUCGUCGCAUGCCGAUCAUCAUCAUCCUUUAUUAUCCAGCAUCAUCAUCAUCACAAAAAUUCCAUGCGCAGCGGUCUCUGUGUGAAAAAUCUUGCGCGACCUUUCAAUGCAGUCCAGCAAUUUUUCGUUAUGUGGCUUUAUCUAUUAUGUUUUGGGUGAAACUUUGGUGGUCAGUUUAAAGUUUGUUACUGUGCGGCGUAGAGCGAUUACUAUUUUAAGAUAUCUUGGGUCUCCAGGGCUCUAUUCCUUGUAGCCGGUAUCAACUGAGGCUUCUUGGUUAUAAUCCGAUGUGUUACCAGCAUUGCUAGCUUCUUUGGGGAUCGAAUGACAAAUUCAUGUUAAUUUUUAUAUUUAGUUCAACAUUGACAUUGGUAUCGAUAUUAGUAUUGUUGAUUUUCUCCAGCUAAGAAUGUUGUUCGUGCAACAAUCUGUUUAGAGUUACGAGGAAGAACAAAGAAUGUUUGGAAGAAAGCAAAUGAAAUCCAGCAAAAGUUGAUUGAUUGAAGUUAAAGUAAAGGAAUAAGAUCAAAGUAUCGAUCAAAACAUGAAACAGGUCAGUCAGAGUACGCUACCAUCAACAAGAGUUCCAAUUUGUAAAUAUAAGUUUAAUGACGGUUAUUGCUGACUGAACUUGUACCAGAAGCUCUGAAGGAGUUAGCUACAACGAUGCCAUAAUGAAUACCUAACCCAAAGGACACAUGGUUUACAACUGAAAGUCUUCGUUAAUAUCUGCUACAACAAUUAUUUUAUGUUUAUAUUGUCUUAGCUUUAGGCGGCGAUAUCGUCUAUUCUUAUUUCGUCCAAAAUUUGUUCUAUCGGCAAAUAUGAUUUGUAGCUGAUUUUAUAUUUACACGUUGUUCAAGAAAAUUAUUUUUUAUAUUACCAUGUAAUACAUGGAGGCAUCGCAGUUUGCGAUUUAACUUAUGUACGUACAAAAUGCGACGAUCGUUUUAGCAGAACAAUGCGGAAGCGAUACUAUUCUACAGGCUGAGCCGUAUUUAUAGCUUCGGUGAAGAUGUAUUUAUUUCUUGUUGAGGAUUAUUUAUUUUUACACGAAAGCGAUCAGACACUGUCGGGAAAAGCAGCGGACAAAUAUUUAGUUACCCUUGACUGUGAGUACUGCUCGUUGUGUACAAAGUUGCACCUUCUAAUUGAGAAAGUAAGAGCGGUAAACUCCAUUUAUUAUUGUAGUAUAUUUCAACCCUUACCGGACGUGACAAUGCUUUAGACCUGCGCAUAUGGAAAAUGGCGCACUAACGCUACUGAACGCUACUUGAUGUGGAAGGAUAUUGGAGCGAACUAAAAACUCUUUCCGAUUUUUCUUUCGUCUUCCUGUGCUAUUUUUCAACGAAUCUUUAAACUAAAUGAAAGUAUUUUAAUUUUAUGUACCAUUUUUUGUAGAUCUUUAAGUGUUCUUUUAUACUGUGUAUAAAUCCUACUAAAGAAUCGUGUAUUUUUAAUUUUACCAAUAUAGAAAAAUUGUGGAAAAAAUUGAAGUUCGCGUCCUUUCACGUUAUUGUAGGAAAUAAGGCUCUGCAAUCUACGCAACGACUGUUUUAUCCGCGUAUUAAUGUUACUUGCGACGAGAAGUGUGUCAAUUUCAAUAAUCCAAACAGACGAAACCAAUGGUUGGACCCUGAACAAAUGAUGAAAACGAUACCAAUCAAGAUACCUGUCAAGAAAGGUAUUUGGUGGUUUAGUCUGCUUGGUGUAUUUGAAUUUUAUUAUAUCUUUCACUAUUAAAAAGUAACGAAAACUACGUUCCUUACACUAAAAGUUACUGUAUAACGCUCAAUACGGUAAAAAUAGCAAUAUCAGAGGAGAUAACGUAGAAGGUGACAUACGUCUGUUAAGGGUUAACAAAUAUUCUUGUUGAUCUUUGGUGCUUGAUCGAUCCUAUUAUGCUAAAAUUGUUUUAAACGUGUACUUUCAAUAAGAAAUCAGACUCAAUAUCUUUUUGCCCAAUUCACUUUGCUUUAAGAAUAUGCAUCUAUAUCUGUUAUCUGUAUUAUUCGAGGCUGCAGUAAUAGCAAAAUUUGUAGUAUUAAUUGUUCGUGUGACACAUUAUAAACAUAUCCCCCAAUUUACAUAUGGUAGAUACGUUUCACAAAUUCUCAUGCAAAGAUGCAUGAUUUUUUAAUGAAGAACUAAUAAAAACACAUAUCAACAUCUUUGCGAAAUAAGAAAUGUAUAAAACUGUAUUUUAUAAUUUUAAUUUUGGUUUCUAUACGUAUGACUCUUCGCUUCACUUAAUAUUUUUUGAAUAUAAAGUUUCAAAAACUUCUUAUUAGAAAGAAACGCAAUGAUGUACUGCCCUAAAUAAUGUGGAUGCUUUUUCUGUACAAAAAAAAGGUGUGUUCACUUGUUGAAAUUUAAUGUCAGUGUUAAAAAUCAAACGGUACUAAAAGAAAUGACUGGACAAGUAUAUGCGUAGCAUAAAUUUUCGUUUUUGACAGUCUUUAUUUUUAGGAAUCCGUUAUUUUGAAAACUGUAAAAGCGAAAUCGUGUAAAAAAAGUACCAUGUAAAUCGGGGGUUAGGUGUAUGUGUGUGUAUGCUUUAUAUUUACAAAGUAUCUACGAAAAGCAAAUCAUUUCUUGUUGAAGACAAAUCAUAUAUGUAUUCGUACGUGUACACGAACUUGUUUCAAGUAUGUUGGGUGUAAUAUUUUCCACAAUGCCAUCGUAUUGUUCGCGGAGAGAAAAUUCACGUGACAGUGAAAUUCAUGCUUAUUUUAAUCUUGUCUCGUGAAUCGAACAAUGUAACUGUUAUAGCAAUUCUUUUAAUGCAAUAAGUUGUUGGUUCGUAACGAACGUAUAAUACAAAGUAUUACAUCGUUAUUUAAGCAAUUAGUACACUCUCGGUAAAACAUAUAAUCGUACGGAAUUUAUAACUAGAUUAUAAUACUAUUACAAAAUGUAUAUAUAUAUUUCUAGAUUAUAAAAGUAUAGAUUCUUAUAUUAUAAUACAUUUAUCGGACGCUGAGUCGUCCGUCUCAAUUGAUUUUCUAUUCAACUUUUUACAUAAUCGAUAUAGCAAACCGUACUAGGUACGCGCGAUAUAAUUCUAUUAAAUAUUUGAAAGUGUAGAUAGUAUCUAUAAUGACGAGCAAAAGUGUCGUGUAUAAAUUCAGAACAGGUGGAAAUAUUAAUGUUUACAGUUUUACGCUUCGAUACAGUACUUUACGUUAACAAUGAAGAAUUGACUUAUGAAACAGGUGUAAUUAUAUAAUCAUCUAGCUGUAUUGUCUCUAGAGAAGCUUUUUCUUUAGAAGUCAAAGUAGAAGAUACUGUUUAGAGUUAAACUCUUGUACAGUCAGCAAUAUUAAUAAUUAACAGAAGGAAAUAAAAGCUCUCAGUGGUAGAUCAGGUGUAUUAACAGACAACUUUAGUAAGAUCCCUGAAAGAGUGGGAGAGGACAUUUGUUGGUGCAUACUACGCAUGGGUUUAAUAUUUUGAUUUCAUAACGAAACAAUAAAAUCCAACAAGACAAUACAGAAACAAUGAUAGAUGUGACAUCGAUCACAGAAUAGAAUGUGAAAAUUCCCUUAGCGAACUUGAGAAACAAGUAGAAGUGAAGAUAGAUAUAUGAUUACAUGAUUACACUUUUGUUCGUCACUGUAAACGAUAUAUACACACAAACACACGUAUAUAAUGUGUAUGGUGCUAGAAGUGUUUUACAAGGAUAUGGCAAUACUGUAUCACCGAUUGGAAGUAUUGUGUACCUGUACACUGUUAAUAGAUGAAAUUGUGUACAUUUAUACGUUAAGAUAGAGAUGUUUAUUUAUUUUAUAAAGGAUACGUCGAUUCGUUCACGACAGGUGUCUAAAAGAGACCAGUAACUUAUUUUGACUUAUACUUUAAACCUAAAAAAUAAUAAAACUGGAAAAUAA